ACUUUACUUUGAAAAGCUUCGACUUUGUUGUUUUUCACUUUCUUUCCGAAAGCGUUUUCUUAAGACGGCGCUUUUAUUUCGUAUCAAUUGAGCUUGAAAACGUACUUUUACCGGGGGGGUGGAACGCAUGUGCAAAGCGAAAUUUUUAUGGCGAAGCCACACUGGUGAAGCGUGAAAACUUACGCUCAAUUUUCUUCAAGACAAUAUUCCUCGUCAAUGCAGAGACAAAUCAAAGCAAUUGCCUUGCAAUAUGGAGCAUUGAAAUGAGACACACUCUAUGGUAAAGAAGCAAUUGUUAAUUUGGUAGUCUUUGAAUAUUUUACUAUUAACGCGAUGUUGGAGAAAGGAGAUGCCGUCGUGAUCACGAACGGAAGAAACCCGAAAUUUGAACAGCUGAGAAAUGACCAUGAAACCUUUCUUCGAACAUUUGAAAAACCAACACAGAUUUAUCAAGCUUUUAACACCGAAAUACCCAUAUUUCUUCAUCGGAAUUUGACAUACAUGCGAAAUCGUUCAACUAGAGUAAAUAAACGACAAAGGGAGAAAUUCAAGAUUGACGAUAUCUUAGAGAGAUGUGAACGUAUGAAUCACGGAAAUCUGACUUGUUCAGAUAAAAAUGGCUACUUGAAUAUGACGUUUAAAGGCUUUUUCGAGGUCCAGUGCAUUUGCGGUGAAAUACCCACACCAUCCAGCGACAUUCUGGCUGAUCAAAAUUUGGUUCCAGCUGAAGUGUUCAUAGUUAAAGUUUGCCAUAAGCGAAGGAAGGAUACCACUCCUCCUAUCAUUCAAGAACGCGUCGGUCGUUGCCUGGUUCCCCAUAAUCCCUGCACGGAUGAAGAACCGCUUCUCGAGUCAUGCAGUGUCUCCGUGCCAAAGUCAAUAUUUGAUGCAAAGACCAAUAGAAACGUUCGAUCAUUUCUUCUAAUGUUGGAAGUCAGCAUUCCCUUUGUUGAGAACGCGAAGAAAAAGAAACGAAAAAAAAAUGAAUUUGUUUCCAACGAAAAACGAAAAUCAAGUUCUUCCGAGCCCCCAAACAAACGUCUUCGCGGUCGACGGCCAUCUGAAAACGGCACGAUUUCGUCAAAAGAAACGGAAGAGGUUUUUGAAGUUGAUCUCCAAGAUAUCGACAAAAUAGUUUACUUCACCGAGUUAAUUAUCUUUGGAAAUGAACGCGAAUGUCUUUUAGUUGACGGUGAAUAUGAACUGGUCUUGCACGACAAGGGCAUUGGUAAACAACGCAAACGUAAGCAGAUGUCAUGGGAGGCCGCUUAUAACGGAAAGCUAGGACCUUUCGAACUGUUUGCAUUUGGUCCUACAUUGAAAUUCUCUCUUGCCUGGGAAGGAAAACCGCUGCACCACGGUUCGUCGUCGAUGGCAUUACGAGAAGGAAAGCUGGAUUCAAUUAGCAACCUGGAGCUGGCGAUGUCGACGGAUGAGACUGACCGUGAAAGAAAACAAAUGCGUAUCUUCUAUCAGUUUAUUUAUAGUAAUCACACUCGACAACAGACCGAAGCUAGAGAUGAUUUUCUCUGUCCAUGGUGUAGUGUAAACUGUGGUCGAUUAUACAGUCUUUUGAAACAUCUUAAAUGCUGUCACGGAAGAUUUCUUUUCACUUACGCGCCCCACAAUAAAGGAGCUCGUAUAGAUGUAUGUUUAAAUGAAAACUAUGACAGUUCCUAUGCUGGUGGGGCCGAAGAUCUCAACGAAAUGGUCGGCUAUGCCUUCAGUCGAGAGGGUCCCAUUCGUAGAACGUCAUACACCGCCCUUCUUGUUUGUAGACCAAAACGAGAAAAGGAAAGUCUUAGCGAAUUCCUGGAACCGGACGAUAGCGAAUCCGAAAUAACGAGACCAUUUUUUCAUGGCCACAACAGAGUGUAUUUUCAUUCCAACACGUGCCUUCCUAUGAAACCGGAUGACUUGGAAUUUGACAGUGAAGAUGAACUGAAUCCAGAAUGGUUGCGAAUAAAAACACAAAAAAUGAUCGAUGAUUUUACGGAUGUCAAUGACGGAGAGAAGAAAUUAAUGAAACUGUGGAAUAUUCACGUUAUGAAACGAGGAUACAUUGCCGACUUGCAAAUACCGGAAGCAUGCAAGACGUUCGUCGAAGAAUAUGGUGAAACUAUUAUUAAUGAAAAACUUUGUCGAAAUUUUCUACUUCAUCUCGUCAAUCUAAACGAUUUCAACAUACUUUGUAAAGCGGACUUAUUGAAGACCAUGGAAAUGCUAGAUGUUCGAAACAUUUGGCACGAGAGGAAAAUGUUAUGAAACGAUUUAGGCAGCUAUAUUUGGGGUAUUUUAAAGUAGAUAAAUUUGUAGUGUAUUUUAUUUCUUUUUUUGUGUGUGUUGAAUCUCUGAUUUUGCACAGCAUUUUAUAACUAACAACGUAUCGUAGUAAUCUGCGCUAUGUAAGUAUCGAUCGUGCCUUGCAAGAUUGACUUGUGGUGAUUAUAAGUUAACGAACAUCGA